CCGAUAACUCGACGUCAACUCCACCUCCUCCGCCUUAUAAAGCUCAAAGAUCCUCCCAUACUUGGCUAUAAGUCAAUAGCACAACCGCCAGUAUGGAUGAGGCAUACUAUCAACACUCGCCGCACAUUCGGCGUCACAACCGCUCUUCGACCUCACUGAACGCCCUCUCCCUCGCGCCCCUCACCUCCCGUUUCCCCAUUGAUGAUGCGGACGAAGCGCAGAUUCCACAACGUCCACAACGUCCACGACCCGAACACCGCCUCUCAUACCUAGAAACCGCCUCUGUCCCGCCGUCGCCCGGCAUUCUGACCAGCUCCCGCUCUCCGUCGCGCACCAGACCCCGGCGCCGCCUAAGCUCAUCUGGCAUCCCAAAGUCCAAGUCGAGCACACAAAUCCACAAAGACGGCACCUCCGCUCUAUACCAUAAGUCGCAUGUCCAUAAAAGCGGUGCUGUUACUCCAGGGCCACGCCCAACACAGGGAAACAAGCACCGAUCUAUUGCAUCGGAAGACUUCGCGCUUGGGUUCUUCAAUCGCAGAAAGCCCGACGACGACGACUGGCUGCUCCGCACUGGCUCUCUAAUCACCUCGGCCUCACGCGAGUCGAAGGGCCAGGCAUGGCUCGUGUCUCGCGCUAGCUCUACCUCCCUGGCGGGCCUCGAUAAUGACGAAGACUCGGAGGAUGACCGUGUCGCUGAAUACGGCUUUGUUCGGUCACGCCGCCCGAGCGGAGACGCCGAUGACGAACUAUCCCCCGUCACCACACGAUCGUUCGUCGCACACAGCCGGAGCGCUUCGCGCUUUGCCUCCCGCACACAGAGCCGCGUUCAGUCGCGUGUACAAUCUCGUCGGGGCAGUAGGUCGGGUCUGGUUCUCACACCCCUCCAGGCGCCGGAGAUGGACAGCUACUUCCAGCUCGGUGGCAUCGAUAUGGCGAAACCAGAUUUUGUCGAUAUCGAUGAGGAUGCUGACGCGGAGCCUGCGCAGGCCCUUUAUGACGAGAUGCUCAUGCGGCGGCUUGCGAAGACGGGGACGCUAGGUCUGGGGACGUGGGUGGAGCGGCUGAUGGGGUGGAGCCUAUUUGCUGUGGAAGAGGAUGGGGAGGAGACGGAUGGGGAAGGGGAGGGGGGUGAGACAGAGACUACUGAUACGGAUGGAGAGGGGUAUGGGAGAACUAGGAAAGAACGAGAAAGGCAGCAGUGGCGGGAAAUGCUUGAGAAGGAGGCGAAGGAGCAGGGGGUUGUGUUGCCCCCGCCGCCGGAAGGAUCUGAAGAAGGGGGGUGGGGAGACGCCGCAUGGUUGUUGAGUGUUGCUACGAAAGUGCUUCUCUGAGCGUAUAUGGAAAUGCUAAUAUUAAUAUUAAUGAAAGGACGCUUCGGCGGAUUUAUUGGAAUAUAAUAUCAUUGCUCCUGCUAUCUGAUGAAGGCAAUAAACACCAAUGUUUGGGAGACGUAUUCGCCAUCAAUGCAAGUUCUUGGCCCGGUUUAGCCACCGUUUCCGGAAAUCAGCCACGCUAUUCUCAAAUAUGAGUUCUUAUGUCGGUUUUGCCAACCUUUCCAGAAUUCAGCCUGUUGCUCAAAACGCCGUCGCGGCGAUGGUAUGGUAUUGUUAUGACGCCAAAAAGAAAUUUCUCGUCCUGCUGUAUAUAGCCAUACUGCGAAUAAAUAUGCUGGGUGUAUCUUGAGCCGCUCAGUCGUCGGUCAGGUCAAUAGGGGCCUCCAUCGUCGUCUUCCUCUGCUUUGCUGUCGGUGCAUCGCUCGUCAGAUCCACAAUAUCUGAAUCGCGACGCUCUCUUUUGAUGAUUCUCUCUGGUUUGAUCCCUGGCUCGGGUUUUGGAUCCUGAUAGAAGUAAGCCUCUCAUCUGACAAUCAAAUCGCGAGACAUAAGGCACCUGUUGUUGCUGAAAAGCCUCGCGGGCCAAACGCUCCCUUUCUGCUGUUGGCAAGGCAUCAAAGAGGUCUGGAGAUGGGGAUCUUGGGAUGAUCAGGAGCUGGCGGAGUGCCUCUGUAUUGAGGUUAGACUCUUAGUACCUGAGACUCUUCUAUCUGGCAUCCUACCUUUUGAGCGAUACCGGAAUACAAAGCGAGCCAAGGGUUCGUCUUUGCCGUCAAUAAGAACACAGUCUACAGUUUUCUGUCCUGGCGCUGUCUUUGCAACGCCAAAGCUAUAGACAUGUCAGCUUUGCAAAUGUUCUUGUUGCACUUUAGAGUCUGGACCUACGCUGUUCCAUGUGAGAGAGCGCGACCUUUAACGGCUUUCUCUGAAAUCUCGGACACGACUUGUUUGGGCAAAAUUGCACGGCAGUUGACUUCCCCCCCUAUUUUAACACGGAGAACCUCAACAGUUAUCUGCCCUAAAGCAGCUGCGGCCUUGACAUCUUGGUCUAUCUUAGCCUUAUCUGCUACCUCAACUUCGUAUUGUUAGCGCUCUCUGAGGCUGCUUGUUGAUAGCAAACCUACCAAGUUCAACAUCAGCAAACUUGAAGGGAUUCACAGUUGGUCUGCCGGUCGCGUCUUCGCUAUAGAACCCGUCUAUCUGGCUGUUCCAGGAAGAAUGGGCAGCCUCAGCCGCUUCUCGCCAGCAACGACCCGCAGCCCAUUUGCCGUCAAUGUUUACUUGAAAGGCAAGAUCAUAUAUCGUCUGCACAUGCGCCCGAAAGGCAGGAAGAACAGAUGCAUGUAUUGCAAACUCCGCGUCGGAGAUGGCUUCGAUGUACUUCACCACAGUCUUUGGCGCCAAGGGCCCACUCACUUCCUCGCCGUCGUCUUCGUAUUCCUUGACUGGCUGUCCAUUAAUAUAAAUGGAGACGCCAACUCCCGGGACUGCCUCGAGGAUGGCCAUAGUGAAGGUAGGUGUUGUGACAAGAUGGGUGGACUUGCUAGAGAGGUGUGAGAUUGAGGAUAACAAGCGGUUCUGAGAUCUGGAUGAUUACAGAAAGCACACGCGUGCCAACCUCAGUGCAAUAAUGUAAAUAAAUUCAACUCACGUUGCUUCUUGGCGAUCUUGUUGGUGAAUUUGACUGUCCAGCAGUGUGAACUCGUGCUGCUGUGAGAAACAAGGCUGAGAGGAAAUGUUUGUUUAUUCCGAGCUGUGUAUUCGGUCGAAGCUGCACGCAACGUCCAGGCGAGGCUGCAGCCUUCGAAGACAGGGAGGAGAAGCGAACCUCUUAUGAUUCUUUUGUUUGUUGUUAUGCCACUCGUGCUGUCUGAAAUAUAAGAGAGAGUAUGAAGUUCUGAAGUAAUUAGUGUCCUGAAAUUGACUAUAGCUAUCAUCAUUUCAGAAGAGUGAGUGCAGCUCCAACUUGAGAGUAUGCAACAAUAUAAAACCUCC